AUGGGCAAUAAUUCGGCAUCAUCUACGGCAACAAAUCUAACGGUGACUCCUAGCCAAGCACAAAUUGACGCUCAAGUUAGCGCUUUUCUCGAACGCGCUAAAGAAGAAUUCGAAUCGAAAUAUACACAACCACCGAAACAAACAGCAAAAUUAGAAGACUUUAAAUUACAGCGUACUGUCGGUACCGGCUCGUUUGGUCGUGUUAUGAUUGUACAACGGGGUAAUCAAGCAUUAGCAUUAAAAGUAAUGGAAAAACAAACAAUCGUUAAAUUAAAACAAGUUGAACAUACUGUAUCCGAAAAGAGAAUUUUGCAAGCUAUCAAAUUUCCAUUUCUCGUUAAUUUAGUUUAUUCAUUCAAAGAUAAUUCACAUCUUUAUAUUGCAUUAGAAUUUGCCAGUGGCGGUGAAAUGUUUACACAUCUACGAAGUGUAGGCAAAUAUCCAGAAGAUCAAGCACGCUUUUAUGCCGCUCAAGUAACAUUAGCGUUCGAAUAUUUACAUUAUUUAAACAUACUUUAUAGAGAUUUAAAACCAGAAAAUAUACUUUUCGCUGCUGAUGGAUAUUUAAAAAUAACUGAUUUCGGUUUUGCUAAAGUCGUUCGAGAUCGAACGUACACAUUAUGUGGUACGCCGGAGUAUAUCGCUCCGGAGAUUAUUUUAUCACGUGGUUACAAUAAGAGUGUUGAUUAUUGGGCAUUGGGUGUAUUAAUUUAUGAAAUGGCUGCUGGUUUUCCUCCAUUCUAUGCUGAUCAACCAAUACAAAUUUACGAAAAAAUUGUACAAGGAAAAUUUAAAUUUCCAUCUCAUUUUUCAGCUGACCUCAAAGAUUUAAUUCGUAAUUUACUUCAAACAGAUUUAACAAAGCGUUAUGGAAAUUUAAAAAAUGGCACAAAAGACAUUAAAUAUCAGAAAUGGUUUGCAACAGCGAAUUGGAUUGCUAUAUUUGAAAAACGCGUUAAACCAAUGCACGUACCUAAAGCCGACAGGGACCAUUUUGAAAAAUACGACGAAAAACCAUUGUUGAAUACUGCGACUGAACUUUAUCCAUCGGAAUUCGAAAAUUUCUAA